UAUAUAUAUAUAUACAUACAUAUAUAUAUAUGAUUUUUACGGCCGGUCUUUUUGCUUUGGUAUGAUUGGUCCUGGCCUCGUCUCGUGUGCAUCAACUGAAUGUGGAGCUUUUACAGGCUAUUUGACUAAUUACACAAGAGCCAGGAGUGGAGAGCAUGUUUUUAUUAAGAUAUCGUCUUGAAUGUACCUUUUUAUUUGUGUGAAUUCUUGUUUCCGCGGUUACCGUCAGUGUUUUUCGCCCCCCCCUCCUCCCCUCCUCGCAGCAGCAAAAAAAAAAAAAAAACAACGGCUUUCUUUCUUUCUUAUUGCUCCUUUUUUUGGUUUUUAUUCUAAUUAUUAUUAUUAUUAUUGUAAAGUCUAUCAUUGUGUAUAUUACUCCUAAAUAUACUAUUAUAGGUCUGUUACAGCCGAGUGAGAUGACACACGCGGAGAACCUCACCAUGCAAACACACACACUAACACACACACACACACACGUGAAAGGACUGUUGUUGCGUGCACUGUACAUCAGCGUGUGGGUCGGGGGUUGGGAGGGGGGGGGGGGCUGUGUGCAGUAGAGUUGGUGUGUAUAGUGAAGCUUUGUGCAUCCAGGGAUUAGCCUGAUCCCGCUCACACUAUCUUACUCUGUGCCAAAAUGUAGUGCGGCAGGCAGGCUCGGUCCUAUCUGCUCCGACUCCAAUAAAACAAAAACACUGAGCUGUCGACAUGGCUGUAAGAACUCCUCUGCGUCGUCUUUCCUUCCUCUUUUUUUUUUUUUUUUUUUUAUAACUUCUUCGCGUCAAAGCGAGCGAUGCUCUACGGCGAGGGGAGGAUGCUCUUCCUGCCCCUUUGACCUUUGAACCCGCAGCCGCACAAUCCUCCCCGUCGCAAGUCGUGAAGACUGACUGACUGAGUGAGUGAGUGAGUGACAAGCUGCCAUGGGCUGUGAGCUCCCGCUAGCCCCGCCCACUCCAGGGAGAGUCCAGGGCGACGGUGGACCAACGACGCCCGCCACUCACCAUGAGAGCCGACCUGGAGAGGAGAAGGGCAGUCAGUCGGGAGGCGGCGAGAAGACGGCGCCGGGUGGAGUCGGACAUGUUUGGAGAUUUAUCCCGACUCCUACCCCUCCCCACCUCAGUCCGGCCUCACCUGGACAAGCCCUCUGUCAUCCGAUUGGCUGUCAGCUACAUCCGCUUGAAAGCUCUCGUCACAGGUAACCCUCCGGAAGGACUCCCAGGUACGUUGGAGCAAGUUCUGACCGGGACAAUCCACAGACAAGGAGGAGUCGGCGGCGUCCAUUUGGAUUGUAAGGAUGAGAGCGACGUCUACCUGAGGAACCUGGAGGGCUUUGUCAUGGUGCUCUCGUGUGAGGGGGACAUGAUGUUCCUGUCUGAGAACGUCAGCAAGUACCUGGGCCUGACGCAGAUUGAACUGAUGGGACACAACCUUCUUGACUUUACUCAUCCCUGUGACCAGCAAGAAAUCAGAAGUCACCUGCGUCUGUCUUCAGAAGAAUAUUGGUGCGAUGCCAAGCGUGACUUUGUGAUGAGGAUUAAAAGCACUUUGACCCUGCAAGGACGAAGCACCAACAUCAAGUCAGCCUCAUGGAAGGUGUUGCACUGCCAGGGCCGGACCAAGGCGCGCGUUGGCCCCGCCUCCGUCUCCUGCCUGCUGCUCACCUGUCAGCCUCUCCCGGUGACGCACACACACCUCAGCUCACACACCUUCAGCAGCGAGCACAGCAUGGACAUGAGGUUCACACACUGCGACCACAGAGUGAUAACGCUUUUAGGUUACAGUCCUCACGAACUUGUGGGACGCUCCGUCUACGACCUCUGUCACACGCUGGACACAAACCGUUUGACCAAACAUCAUAUCAACUUGCUCCUGAAAAGCCAGUCAGUCAGCGCUAAGUACAGGAUGUUGGUAAGAAGUGGCGGGUACGUGUGGGUGGAGAGCCACAGCGCCGUUGUCCCCGGGGCCAAACCCCUCAGGUUGAGACCCUGUGCCUUUCAGCCGCUCUUCAUCAUCUGUGUCACCUACGUCCUCAGUGGCGUGGAGGAGCCAUCCCUGCAGCUCUCCUUGGACCAGAUGUUGUAUCACAGACAGUUAUCAGGCUGCAGCGAGAGUGGAAAUACGUUGACAAAAGCAUCCCGGCUGACCUCUCUGUGACCUCUCUGUGCCCGAUUGUGCUUCCUGUGGGGUUUCCUGACACGUGGCGUGACACCCAAGCCUCCACCAAUUGGCUGUGCGGUAAACGUAAUGGCGGUGCGAGCAGACGCACGGCGAAGCCACAACUUCCUGAAUAGAACGCUCGAUUGGAGAGUUCUCGUGGGAACAUUUUCAACUUUUUACCUCUCUCACACACACACACACACACACAUUCUUGUAUUUCUUACCUUCUUGAGACCUGAGAAAAAAGCCUACCUCUUUAGGACCAGCCUUUCUAGAUAUAUAAAGAUGUGUAUUUACAACAUUAAUAAUAUAUACAUACUAUGCAAAUAUAAAAAAAGCUUGUUGUGAAAAAUGAGUUGGAAUUUCACAAGAAAAGGUCACAAUUUCACAAGAAAAACGUAGAAUUUAGAAUGUUGGCAGUAUUAAAAUAAAAGUCGUCAUUUUACUCAACGCAAGUCAAAAUUUUACAAGAAAAACUGAACAUUUGUGCAAUAUUAUGAUAAAAGUUGGAGUUUUACUCAAUAACAGUCACGAUUUUUACAAG